CUGGUUUAUGCAUAGGUUUAAAUACCUUACAACAAUUGUAAACUGUUGUCCAAUAGCUGAUUUAAAUACUUAUCCAUCUGUUAUGUGUUGUGUGUAUGAUGUCAACCUUUGUUGUAACAUAUGAUUUUAUUUGUUUAUAUUGUUAAUUUGUAAACAGUUACCAUGCAUAAUAUUGAAAUAGAGGAUUUUUAUCAUCAUGACUUUACAACUGCUUCUGAAUGGGAAGUUUUCAUCGCUCGACUGGAAGAAAUCAUUCAUGAAUGGAGGUUACCUCAUACGAAAAUUAGACCUAGUCUAAAACCAGGAGAUUUUGUUAAUUCAGAAUGGGAGAAAAAAUCAGAAGAAUUCAGUUUUGCUAACUAUCCUUUUUUAUUAAAACAUUACAAACUAAAAGUUGACAACGAAGAAACAAAAGAUGUUCUAGACGACAAUGAAGAUUCUAACACUCAAAGUCACAUUGAUGUUUUGAAUGUGACGAAUGAUUUUGUAAGAAUUGAUGAAGAGUUUUUGGAAAUAGUUCGUUAUUAUGGCCUUAGAGAGUUUAUUGUUCUGACUCCUGCAAGACGUGUGCCAAUUUCUGAGGAAACAAGGAUCAAAAUUUUAGUUAGCUCUUUAACGAUCGCAUGUACCAAUACUAAUAGUGAAGUACCUGCUUUGGUACAAGUUUUGGAACCAUGGCAAAAGUAUUAUUUAGGCGUAAACGUUGGGAAAGGAAGUAUAGCACAUUUAGAUAUGGUUCAUUUAAAAAAGACUCCUCCACACUGCCGUCAUCUUACAGGAUUUUUAGCACUUUUUAAACAAAAAAUUGGAGAAGGAUGUGGUGUAAGAUUAGAUCCAGUACAGGUAUCUGUAAGAUUUACCUAUUUGUUGAAAGAUUUUACUCCAGAAACAUCUAAUUUUGACUUUAUGGAAGGAACAUUUGUAAAGACUGUAGAAGUCGGAAAACUACCACUGGGAGCGAGUGUUGAUCCCAUGGUAGAACUGCAGCUGUUUACGACAUGGAAUCAAAUGUCAGAAAAUGUCGUAGUCGAUAGUGAAAGUUUUACUGAUUUAGAACCACAAUUAGCAACUGAAUGGUCUAUAAAAGUUAAAUUUUCUGAAACACCGCCUAGUUUAUUAGAAGAAUAUCUCGCUGAAUUUUUAAAUCUUUGCAAAAACCAAAAAUCAUUAUCAGAUUAUUUAGGUGACAUUUCGUAUACUGGAAAUGACCAAGCAUUAAGUUCAGUGUUUAAUGCUGUUACUGAAUCGAAAAUUCCUACUAUAUCUAAAGUGAUGAGUAGAAGUUCAUCAAUUCAGAAAAGUAGUAAAAAUCCAGUGGGUCCGGUAUCAGACGAAAUAAUUAUGUCAAUUCUUUAUUAUCUAUUUCCUGAUGCUGAUGAAAAUUCGAAAACUCCAUAUGAAGAUGUGAAUAGCUCUAAUGUAGAUGAAGAUUUGUGGAAAGGUAUCAAAACUUGUACCUUCGAUUCAUUAGUAUGGAGACUUGCAGUUGUCGCUGUACACUGUAAACAAAAUUUAGGAGGAAUUGCAGCAGUUGCUCAACUGUGGCAUGAGUUUGUUCAAGAAAUUCGUUAUCGUUGGGAUGAAACUAUUUCUAUUCCUGGCGUGGGAACUGGGUUUCCGGAUUCAGUGCGAACAUGUUUAUUACACCAGAAACUACAGAUGAUGAAUUGCUGUAUUGAACGAAAAAAUACCAGAAAUAAAUCUGAUCACAGACCGCAAAAAAUGGAAAUUGAGGAUUUUGAGUCUGAAUCUGAGGAGGAAUUUUUUGAAUGCACUGAAGAAGCUAUAAAACAAGAAGAGCAACAGCUAAAAAAGAAAACACAACACUUAUUGUGGGAUAGGCCAAGAGGAAGAUUGGCAAAGCACCCAUCACUGCGUCUUCUUAAUACUGGAGAUGCUUUGUACCUUCCAAUUACUCAAGACCCAGUGCCGAAGACGGAGGAUCAACUGGAGGAGGAUGCGCAAUUAAUGAUGCAGCUUGGGACAGACAAAGAAGGCUCGGAAAUGCGUGCAAGGUUGAUGAGUGCCUCACUUCUUUCUGACAUGGAAUCUUUUAAGGCUGCUAAUCCUGGAUCAGAACUUGAGGAUUUUAUCAGAUGGUAUUCUCCGAGGGACUGGAUAGAAGAUGAUGGUGUAGAUGAGUGGGGUCAGCCAACUGGUUACCUUUCACCACGAAUGAAGAUCCCGAAUAAUCCUUGGGCAACAACGUGGAACUCAGCACAACCUGUUCCUGCCCAUCAUCAAAAACGUCUUUUUGAUGACACAAAAGAAGCUGAAAAAACGAUACAUUAUCUAGCGUCAAGAAGUCUUGGAGAAAUUGCUCAACUUCUUCUACCUGUUUUAACACAUGCUGCAUUGUAUACUCUUAGUCAGCAAAAACAUGACGCUCUACCUAAUUUGCCUGAUUUUAUGCAGAGCAUUUACACAAAAUUGCAACGAGUUACUAAACCAAUUCAUCAAAAUAUGCAUUUAUAUGAAGAUAUAUUAAAAGACAUCGAGAGUAUAAAAGUACCGCUAACUCAAGCUAAUUCAUUAAAACAUAAAUUUUAUGAUGAUGAAAAUUCAGAAGAAAAAAUAUCUUUUAUAACGCAACUUAUGCAAGGGAAAGAAGUUACAAUUCCUGGUGGACCAAGAAGUUCUAUUGGUCAACGAGUCGUGGAAAUGUUUCGUAAUGUACAAAAGGCAGCCUACAUGAUUGACAUACCAAGUAGUCAUUCAAGUACAAGUGGAGCAACUGAAGACAAGCAUAAAUCGUUUCCUGAACCUUGGUGUAAGGAAUUUAUACUGCGGGCGGUAACGCCUCGACCUUCUCCGACCUCCAAACCUCAACCUCAGCGGCUGUAUGUUAAUCUUAAACGCGAGUCUAUUCGUCUCGCUGGUUAUUUUUCAGAAGACACUACCUUUUUAUAAUCAUUUUUACGUGCAAUUUACUCUUAGUGUGUUGACAAAUUAAUACAAGAGGCGGGUACCUCAUAUUUUAAAUUUCAUGAUCAAAUAUUUUUAGAUAAGUGUAUCAAUUAGUGAAAAGACCCUGGUAGAUUUUUUCUCCUGAUUCAUUAAUCUGUAUACACUUAAACCUAUUAAUUAAAUCUCUUAUUUACAUUGAGGUUAAUUUGCCUAUAUUAUAUAUUUGCAUACAUUUUU